AUGGCCCCAAGCGGAGGACAGGAGGAGGCAACGCGAGGACUCCCACUUCUUCCUACCCUCGUGCUGCAUCGAAUCUGUACCUUUCUUUGCACCCACUGCGAGCCGGCGCUUCCUGAACUCGAAGGGUCCCAAGACGAAUGUCAAGGCCAGACCACGUUGAGAAAUCUUUGCCAUGCCUCUCGACUCCUCCGAUUUGUUGCCGAGCCGAUCCUCUAUCAUCGCGCACAGUUCAAAUAUCUAGCAAUGCCUGGGGUUCCCGAUCACUUCGCCAGCUCCUCACUCCGCUUUAUCCAAGAAAUUCACGACCGCCCACAACUUCGAAAUUAUGUCAAGGUUUUAGAUGUGCGGGACAGUGCUCGUCGACACCGUAAUUCCGACAUCGAUUUCAAAUAUUAUUCUCGCCACGAGUGGUCAAAUCGGCGACCGGUGACAAGUCGUAACUUGGAUCAAAUCAACCAUCUUGCUGCUCCUUUCGGAAUCACGUGCGUCGCUGAUAAUUUCGUUCCGGAUCGCCUGGUGGAAACGUUUGUUCAACUGAUGCUGGUCUUCCUCCCUGGUUUGACUGAGCUAAAGUUGACGGCAGAAGGAUGCUGGAAAUUCCGCCUAUUGUCAGAUGCUCUCCAGAGAAACAACACAAAGAUACCGGAUGCAGUUCUUUCCAAAGUUCGCAAACUUCGUCUUCACUUUGAAGUCCCGUCAUGCCCAUGCUAUGAGUGCCAUGGAUCAGAUGUAAGAUUAUUCGAAAGAGGUGCCGAGAAGCUCCUGCUUCAAGCUACCAUGAGAAAUCUACAAACCCUCGUCUGCUCCGCUGCAGCCCUUAAAAACGCGCCUGAUUCACCUCUCCUGGAGUCGUUGAGAGUAGACAUAACGGGCGACUGGCCUUUUCACAACACAUUCCUGGCCCAACUCAAGUGCCUACGCCAGUUUUAUUGCACCUUUUCCAGCAAGGAUGGUCCUGUGCCAGAUGCUGUUAUGAAAGCGAUUACACCUACAGCCCAAUCCCUCGAAAUGUUGAAAGUUUGCUUUACGGCCCCGUGGUUCCGUGAGCCUUCUGGGUGGCAUAGUCCCGAGUGGGAACCUGUCGGAUCGGAAACUCUCGAGGAUCGUCUUGAUCUCAUGCUUAUAUCCCUUGGAGAUUUCACCCAACUCAAAUGUCUUUCUAUCGCGGCCGAGAUGAUCUUCUCCCACACAACAGACAGACUUUAUACACAUUUGGUACGUCGACUUGAAGGGCUUGCCGGUUGGCUCCCAAACUCUCUAGAAGUUCUCGAUAUCAGCACGACCGGAAUUGGGGGAGAGGUAGAUAGGAUUCUAGACGGACUGAUGGAUGCGUUGAGCAGAAAUGCUCCCCGCAGCCUGCACAAGAUCUUAAUCUCCUCUAAUUGGGCAAGGUUCAAAAUACUCCGCCUAGAGGGAUCGCGAGGUUCACCUCAAUGGUCAGUUAGUAGAACUUUUGGACCGCGUGCUGGUAUUCCGGAAUAG